GGCCAGCACUGUCCCAGUUCUUAUGCACACGGUUCUCAUCCCAUCGGCUCCACGCAUCUUUUCUGCAUAAUAACUUCCCCACCUCUUUCAGUGCUUGUCUCACCGGCCUAUGGCCCGCACUCCUCAUAUCUCUUUUGCACAUCACUUGCCCCUCCGCACUUGUGCUUUUGAAAUAGGCUUAUGGCCAGCACUCACCCAUUUCUCCUUCACCGUCUCACCCUGCUCUUUCAGUCCUUUUGACAGAGGCCCAUGGUCAGCACUCCCUCAUCUCUUUUGCACAUCAUCUUGCCCUGCUCAGUCGGUGCUUUUCACUGAGGCCUUUGGUCGGCACCGCUCCCUCUGUUCUCCUCGCCAGUUCCCUGGCCCCCAGUGCUCUUCGAUUGAGGCCUAUGGCCUAGCACUUCUGCGUGUCUUCUCAUCGGCCGUCGACGGUUUCUUUGCACCACCACUUUGGAGUAUUGUUCUCUUUGAGUGCUCUUACUUUGGAUCCAUGGUCCAGCACAUCCUCAUUCAUUUUCACACUGCCCUAACCCGGCCUUUUCUUUUCCAUAUGUCUAUUUCCCAGUCUUUUCGUUCUUUUCUGGUGCUUCUUGUCUGGAUCGAUGGUCCGGCACUUUGCAUCUUCUCUCGCAUUGCCCUUGCCUCAUUCAUUUCUUCAUCCGAACAGCCAGUCUCGAAUUCUUAUGGUCCCCGCCCAUGCUUCUGAAAUGGACCUAUGGUCCGGCAUGUUCCCAAUCCCCGCUCCACGUCAUCUAGUUCCUCAUCGUCAUGCCUGAUCAUCUUUCUCCAAGUCCCCUCGUUGAGCUCUUCGAUGCUUGUCUUAUGAAUCGAUGGUCCGGCAAUUCCCCUUUUUUUCCUUGUCGCCCUCAGUCAUCUCUUGCCAUUGGACAUCCGUCUUUGCAGUCCACUGAUGCCGUCCUUUCCGAUGUCCUCGACAAUCCCGCGUUUUCGCUUAUCGGUCACUCAUGUCUUCUCAUCC